AUGGUUGCCAAUGCUCCGCCAAAAGUAUCUAUCGUUGGUAUAACCAACAAGGAAGCGGCUACAUUCACUACUUUAGCUAUAGCAUCGGUAGUGCAUGAUUUUCACAAACUACACAUCAAGCCCGAGGACUACUCGAAAUGGGACAGAGAGAAAUUAAUUGGCGAGCUCAAGAAAUUGAUAGAACAAGUUUAUUCUGGAGAGCAUCUGCAAGAAAUAAUCAGCGAUGUUGUUGCGCGUUAUGUCGACCGAGAAGAUCAGAAGAGUUUUGCGUUCUAUAUUGACCGUUACACUGAGUUUAUUAGUGAUCUGCUUUUCAACGCGCCAGCCGUCGAAGGCAUUUUAGCUCGACGUGACGCCGGCUGGGACAUGUAUGUGUACUUGCUUGACCAUUAUAACGAUGCCAUAUGGGACAGUAAGGUUCCUAAGGAAAUGAGAGGAGCACCGCAUGCUAGUGAGACUCCCUAUGUAAGCGAUGUAUUUAUUCUGAAAAAAUUUGAAUUCAAUGAAGAUGAACGGGCUGUCGCUGAAGUUUUCCAACAAUCAUUCACCGAGUUCGUCAAAAUUGGCGCUCCUUCGAACCACCAUGAAGUAUGGCUAGAAGUUGGUGCGAGAUCAGAUCUUCGCUACUUGAGGAUUGCUCCGUACCCAGAAUUACAACAGGGCUUCUACAAUGAAACGGUUAACUUUUGGCGUAAAAUUCGAAAUUAUGGUUUUGACAUGGUACAACUGCUACCGACGAGAAAGCCAUCAGCAGAGAUCAAAGAGGAACUCUGA